AUUGCCCUUCCUCCUACAUCCAGCUCGACUGAUACGCUCACAUUUGCAACUGCAGACGAUCAGUUGAGCGAACAGGCUGCAAGUGGACAGGACAUCGGCGCGACAGCAUCCACCUCUUGGCUCUGCGCUUGCCCCAUAACCCUUCAAGCAUUCUAGAGCGCUUCGAGCGUCCAACCCUCCUGCAACCCCCCCUUUCCUUGCUCCGGCUUCCUCUUCUCUCGCAAGAGGGGAGGAAACGAAGAAAAAAGAUUGGAAUCGCAAAACGGCGCCACCAUGUCGUUCCUCAAAAAAGCGCAGCAGCAGAUCGCGCACAACACCGUUGCGCCGUCGCUCAUGGGCAACUCAGACCUCAAGUCACUGCAGGCUGUCAUCACCUCCGAAAAGGAGUUCAUGAAGAACAACUCCAAGACUGGCGCUGACUUUGGCAAGAAUGUCGAGGCCAUCAAGAACUGGGGGAAUGAGCAGGGCGAAGACCUAAGGGACGUUCUAUCAAAAGUGUCAGUGCUGUGGGAAACCUAUCCGUCGUCGGUGCAACGCUUCAACUCGCACCUCUCCACGAUUCGCCUGCACUUCAAGGCGGUGCGCACGCGCGAAGAGAUGCUGGCCGAGCUCAAGUCGCGCAAGCGCUCCCUAGCGUCCAAGAUUGAGUCGGUCGAGAAGAAGCUGGCAAAGAUGUCGCCGGAGAACAAGGAGCUGAUGAAGACGACAUCAACGCUCAAGGAGCUGCGUAACGAGAUGAGAGGCCUUACGCAUGAGGUCGUCGUCGAAGAAGCUGGCCUCGAGGACUUUAAGCGGCGCAGCUUCAAAGAUGCUCUCGGCCUCAAGUGCAGCGCCGUGGUCGAGAUCGCCGAGAAGAUGAUCGUCAUGGCAGAGAUGGCUGGCGCGAUGCUCGAGGAGUUGGACCUCGAGCAGAGCGUGCCCGGGCAGCCGCGGAGAGUAUAUCAAGGCGAAUCCCGCACCGAGGGGAUUCUGCAGGAUGGCAUCCGCUGCCUUGCGGACGUCGCCUUCCGGCCGAUCAACUGCCCCACUACCGGUGGUCCCGGGGACGCAGCAGCAGCAGCAGCGAUAGGCCGACCAAGCCACCUGCAGCACCGGUUCAGCGCCAGCGAAGUCACGACGGGCCCGUACCCGUCCCUCACGUGUCCGCCGACCGGAGCUGCAGUCAGCGCUACUGGAGAUGCUGCGCACGAUGCGUACGACUAUGGCGGGACACUAGGAAGCAAGAACAACAAUAUCAACAAUAUCAACGGGUACGCGGACACCCAGUCCAAUUGGGAUCCACAGAUGAAUGCAUUUUUCGGCGUCGACCGCCCGGUGGACGAGUACAAACAGCAGCAGCAACAGGAAGCGAGCGCCAGUACGGUCCACGCGUCGCCAGCGACUUGGAAUGCAUCGUCAGGCGCAGGUCCAGGCCCGACAGCGCCUGCACAGCACUCGACUGCGGCGGCAGAUGCAAACGCUGCCGAUUGGGGGCGACAGGCCCUCGGUGCUAUCAGCGGUGCGGGCCAGGAUGCCCAAGAAGAGCGAUCGGUAUCUGCGCGGGUUGCCGAUCCGGCAACAGGCGUGGGCGCAGGUGCAGAUGCAGGCUCGACUGACGCGCACCUGACGCCUGAAACUGGAGCAUCUGCCGUGCUGGCGUCCUCCUCAUCCGCACAGCAGCAACCGGGCCACCAAGCGCCGAGCACAGCUGUAAACGACAGCCGCGACUCAAUGGAGGAGCUCAACAAGGACUACGGAAGGAUCACAACAGGCGGUGUUCCGAUCAUUGCAAACGACACGUCGUCUAGAUCGACUCCUGCGCCAUCGUACGACACGUCGACUGAUCCUGGUACUGCGCCCAAGCCCUUGUCGCAAGGGAACUCUGACUCCGCUCUGGCCGGCGGCGCAAGUGUUGCUGCGACCACCGCAACCACCGCAGCUGGUACCGCUGCGGCGUACGAGAGCGGUGUGCACUCAUUUGCGCCGCAGCCUCAAGGCGCAGCACGCUCAGCAUCUGCGCCACGGCCAGCCCAAAGCGACGAGGAAUCGCUGCACGAGUACUUCAAAUCCGUCGGCUCGACACGUGCGGCGCAGCAAGCUGUCCGUCGUCCCGGCUCUGCGCAAGGCGGUGCGACGUCUUCUGCGAUGCUAGCGCGCUACGGCGCCUACAUGGGUAGCUCUCCGCUCGCUGGUGCUGGUGCUGGCACUGGUGCGGCGGAUGCUUCCUACAACUCCAACCCAUCCGCCGUUUCAACCGCAGCAGCGGGCGCUGCCGCGCCAGGGACAAAUCACAGCAGCAACGGCGGCCCUACGCUGCCGCCGCCCGCGCCUUCCUCCGGCACAGCAACUUUCCCGGCUGAGGACACGAACAAUGUCAAGAAGGUCACCGCAAGCGCGUUCAGGAAGGGCUUCUCGCGCACCACGAGCAGUCAGGGUAACUUGAACUACACUCCCGGCACUGGUGGUGGCGCUGGAAGUCGGCCGGGCAGCGCGGCUGGGUUCCCAUCAGCCGAUGUCGUGCCUAACAACGCAAGCGCGACAGCAGUGUCCAACGUCGGCGUCGGUACGAUCGCCGUGCCACUCGGCAGUCAACAGCAGGUGGAAGGUGCAGGUACAGGCACGCUCUCCGCGCCGAACGCAGACACCUCCGGCAUGUCGACGAGCCAGAGCAGCGUCGCGCCACUGCACAUCAACAAGCGCGCCUCGCAGGAUAUGUCGCGAACCGAGACGAUCCUGUCACAAGCGAGCGGCAACACGGACGCUGCGCCACCUUACACUUCUGGCUUCACCGAAGCUGCGCAGCAAGGGCAGGGCCAAGCACAAGGUAGUAGAGCCGAUCAUCCGCACGCUCACAGUGUCUAUGGCGGCAUGGCGCCGCCGCCAGCUAGCCCAGGAGGCUAUGCCGACCCGAAUGCCCCAGGACCUGGACAGUACGGCGCACCUUCGCAGCAAUCGUACCAGCGCCCUUCUUCGCCAGCCGUAGCCCAAGGUGCAGUGGGCGGAUACCCUUUCGCUGCCAGCGCCGGAGCUGUUCCGGGAGGCGGAUACCCGGCUGUCGCACCAGGCCAGCCGGCGCAGCCUUACGGAUACGGCUACCCCGGCGCGCCGGUUCAGCCUGCCCAAGGCGGUGGAUACGGUGGUUAUGCGGAUCCAUACGCCACGUAUGGCCAGCAAGGAGCACAGCAAGGCCGCUAUUCGAGUCCUUAUGCUCAGCGGUAAUGCAAACGCAUGACUGGUUUAUUCAGGAGAAUGCAGCUAAUGACGCACCCUCGAGGAUAUUCUUAUCUUAUGAUGCAAGGCAGUGAGAUCUUUUCCGUCAGUGUUCCGCUAUUGGACUUAGCGGUAGCCUUCGACGGCAAUGUUACGUAGUGUAUUUCGCC